AUGCCAAAAAAAAGGAGGAUAGAGCAUCAACCGAGAAGAAAACAAGAAGGAGCGACUCUUUUGAUUUUGAGACUUUAUGUUUCAUUUGCACGCAAAAUAUUGCGGGUAUUGGACAAACUAAACUGCGAAAAAAUUUCGCCAAAAUCACAACACAAGUCAAAAACUUUAAUUGAGUCUGCCGAGAAGGGGUACCUGGUUUACCAAGAAGCUGCCAACCACUUGUUAGAUGCUCGUUUGGAUCAAGAAAUUCCGAAAUAUCAUCACAAAUGUUUCCUUCAAUGCAACCGGUACAGGACAGGUGUGCUUCCUGGAAAACCAAAGGGUCGCCCGAAUGACUCAGCAAUCACAUCAGAAAUUGAGGAAAUUUACAAGCAUAUUGAAAAGUCCAAUGAUGUCGUCUAUAAAAUGUCAGAACUAACUGACAUGUUAGAUGGCAGUAUGGAUAAUAGAACAGUCAUCAAACGACUGCAGAGCUAUUAUGGUAAAACUGCGAGGAUUAUUACCCAUAACGGCGUCGGAACUUUCCUGGUUUUUGAAGAGCACGAGUAUGACAUAUUGAAACAAGAGUGGACCGCCAACAAUCUCGAUCCAGCCCAAGAAGCUAUGAAAAAUGUCCAAUCUGCAGCAACGGUUAUACGUCAUCAAAUUUGUAAAAAUAAAUAUGAAACAGAGUAUUAUCCCUCUGGUGAGGUUAUGUUUAGCGAAGAAAAAAUGGUUGAAGAUAUUCCAGAGUUAUUGUUUCUUCUAAUUCAGUCCAUAAUAAGUACAAACAAAACAGGAAAACCUGAUGCAUUAUUAAGAAAAUUUAUAGUAAUAUGUCAUCUCAUAAUUGCAGCAACUCGUCCUCGAUCAUUCAUGUCUUCUGUACUAGUGGGUUUGGGAGUAAUGAUAUAUCAAAAAUUUGCUUCUAAGAACCUGUGA